GUCAGUGGCGAAAAUCUCAUUUGCGGAUCAAAAUAUGCAACUUUGUAUGCUCUUUCCAGCUAGCAGUAUGAGAACGCUUGAUACUAUUAGAUAAAGUCAAAUUUCGCUACUCAGACACCUCUAAAAAUGCUUCAAUUCAGAACUUAUGACCGCGAAAAAAACCAUGUUCGGAAUAAUUUUUCCAUGGGGCGACAGGGGUCUUUACAUACCUUUAGUAGGACUAUCGAUUGCAAAUAGUCAGACCCUCCCGGCUUUAAGUCGUGUGUAAAGUGGGCGGACCUGUGCGGAAGUAUCCAUUUGUAAACUCUCUGCUACUAAGACUUCUCGUUCUUGUUCAAAGUUUGUUUGAAUGCUUCAUGCUAAUCAGUAAGCAAACUUUAUCCGACGAGGAAAAACUGAUCGGUGAACAAGACAAAAUCAAUAGAAGAGAAAGUAACGAACGUGCAACCACCACAUCUUCGUCAAGUCGAUUAAUGGCUCACUUCGAUCCCUACGAAAACACAUGUUCUCAAUCAAAAGAUAGAAGUCAUAACGGUGAAUGAACAAUAAUACUUCACUACUUCUUAUCUCAUUUGAACUGUUUGCUUAUUGCAUGAUUGUGUCUAACUAGAUUCUGCCAUUAUGAUGAAGCAUUACUAUAUUUGUUUCUUUUCAACACUUCGUUUUUUAUAAAAUGCUGCGUCAACUUCUUAUAUCGUGUUAGCUACAUAUUUAAUCAUAUUUACAGUUUACAACGAUAUGUAGUUUAUACCUAUUUCCAGAGUGCUUUUGCCUUUUACUUUCGAGAUGUAAACUUUAUAGCUUAUUCCUAAGUUUACUCACUCUAACUGGUUCAAGCACAUGCACUCUGACUCGAGUUACAUAAUGCUAUAGUCUUAGAAUGGGCAUCAUCUCCAACGGACAGCCAGUUUACAAAUAAAUUGAAAACAUUGAAAAAUUAGUGGUGAUAUUCGUUUUUUCAGGAUGGUAUUUUAAAAAAUACCUCGUGGUAUGCCGGCGGUAUUCUGUCGUGAUUUGAGGUUCGGAAUUAUUCGACUUUUAUUGGUAAAGCUUAAUACGAGAUGUAAUUAAGUUUUGUUAGAAAUAUCUACGUUCAAAUCCUGUGUUCUCGUAAUUUCAGCUAUUAUAAUGUCACUGACUUAUUUAAUGUUCUUUUCAACGUACGUUUCGAACUAUCUGAGAACUCAUCAUUAAUACUAUGAAAAUUACAGUGAACAUAGAAUCAUUUUUCCAUGCACAUACACAUGAUACAAAAACAGAUUAAUAUACACACAUAAUAAAUAACAUAACCGCUUUACUUCAUGUCCCUUGUGUACUGCGUGGAUGUAGCAGAGCUUCUUAUGGACUGAAAAUUCUGAGUCUAGUCCAAUCCGAGUCCAUGAAAAAUAGUUUUUUUCAGUCCAUGGACUCUGAACAAGCAGUCUAGCCCAGUCUACAAUACAAAAACAACAUGUUUUUUCUUAAUUCAACUUUUUCCAUGGAUUCAAGUGAAUCCAAAUUUUUUUUUCAAGUUCAGACCAGUCGGUGGUCUUGAACGUUUGAGUCCAGUCCAGUCUGAUUCCAUGAACUGAAAACGUUUCCAGUGCAAUCCAUCCGUAGCUCUAGUAUGUAGUAUAUUAAUCAGUUUCUGUAUCGUGUAGAUGUGCAUGGAAAAAUUAUUCAGCGUUCAUUGUAAUUUUUAUAGUGUUAAUGAUGAGUUUCCAGAUAUUUCAAAACAUUCAAUGAAAAGAAAGAAAAUUAAAUAAAUCAAUGACAUUAAAAUAACUGAAAUUACGAGAGCACAGGAUCUAAAACUAGAUAUUUCUAGACAAACUCGAACACAUCUCGUAUCGAGCUUUAUCAAUAAAAGUUAAAUAGUAUUCUGCUUAAAAUCAUGUAUCGUAUAGUUUAUCGUAUAAUUUUGAUCAAUUCUCUUUUUGACCAUACGAUGAGUUAUUAUUAUAUUACAAAUAAUUCUAAUAAAAUUUUUACUUUUUCUAGGUGAUGAAACGCUGUUAUCCCUUCUAUGGUUGAAUAGUGAUUUAAAUACAAAGGAAGUUGGAAAUAGACUACAACAAGAGCUUGAGUUACCGAUACAAUUUUUUAAUGAAGACAAUGUUUGUUCAGAGUAUAUUCAUUCAAACAACACCAGAGACAUUUUGUUAAUCUUAUCAGGUGACAAUAUUCGAAAUUUUAUUUCAAUCGUGUAUACAUUGCCACGAUUACAUUCAAUCUAUAUAUACUGUUCAGAUGACAAUUUGCAAUUUUUAAAAUCAUGGUCUGAGUCUUACAACAAAGUGCAAGGUGUAUUCAGUACAGAAGAGCGUUUGUUAUUUAAAUUAGCCAUUGAUGUAUCAUUGUAUCGGACUGAAAAAGGUGAUGAUCAUUAUCGAACUGGUAACACUCAAUUAGCUGAUAAAAACUAUCAAAGUUCGCAAAAUCUUUAUGUAAAAAUGAUUAAAUAUUUGAAUACAUGA